AUGCGCAGUGGUGAAGCCACACCGACAAGCAUCCAGGCUUCCGGUGUGGAUGGGGUUCCAGGUAUAUUUACUGAUGAGCAACAGUUGGGAUGGAAGAAGGUCGUGGAUGCGGUCCACCAGAAAGGUGGCUUGUUCGUCAUGCAGUGUAAGCUGCUUUCAAAAUCAGCACUCAAACCUCUGAUCGUUGUUAUUGAUAUCUCAUCGCUAGUAUGGCAUCAGGGGCGGAAUACGCACUCACUGCGCACGGGAAUUCACACCAUAUCAUCUUCUGCAGUUCCCAUCACCGACACCAAAUUUAACAAGGUUAUAGAUUGGGAAACACCAAAAGCAAUGACUCAAGACGACAUCAACAAAGUCAAGCUCGAGUACGUCCACGCCGCGAAGGCUGCUCGAGCAGCCGGCUUUGACGGCAUUGAGAUACAUGCAGCUAAUGGCAAUAUCAACCAUCGCACAGAUUCGUACGGUGGCUCCCCAGAGAACCGUUGUCGCUUCCUGCUUGAGCUGACUACAGAUAUUGGGAUUGCUAUUGGCUUUGAUAAAGUCGCUGUUCGCCUUUCGUUAGUGUUGCUCAGGAACCUCGAUUGUUGA